AAUUGGAAGCGGAGUUUCCCUUGAGUUUCCCUCUGAAUAUCCUGGAUGAAGUUCAGUAACCGUGGCAGGAGUUUCUAUCCUGGCUUCGUCGCGUGUGGACGUGCGGUAAAUGUUCGAAUAAAUUGUUAAUCAAGCCCAAAGAAUUUGUUAUAGUUGUUUUAAAACAUAUUUCUGAUUUGCAUGACAUUUCAAAUAAACAACAGCGUGUUAAAGUCUCGAGUGCCGUAUUUAUUUGCAAUACUUUUCAAAUUACAAUCAUUUUUCUAAUGCGCCGGCCGCUACCCUUGAAAAUUGGAUUGGUUUUCAGCGGCUAAGUGAAACCACCCUUAUUUACCCUGUUUCUAGCUGUUUAAACAUUGUUCUAACAAUAUUUUAUCUCUACUAAAUCAUAUAAAUGAUUCGAAAAGUGCAGUGCAUCCUAUAGAUAGCCGAAAAGAAGAAAACAGCCAAAUCAAACAUUUAAAUCGCAAAUCCUUUCCAUGGCGUCAUUGGAACAUUUUUUGCGAAUCUAACCGAAAGCCACCGAAAAAAGAGAGAAGAAAACGCCCCACCCAAGGCAAAAGUUUUUCAAGUGUACCCAGCUGCCUUUGUGUGCGUGCGUGGUGCGUUUGUGUAUGUGCGUGAGUCCCAGUGCUUUUGUUGUUAUUGCUUUUGCUACUUUUGCCGCACCCCGAAUUUCGAAUUUCGUGUGCCUGUGCCUAAAUUAAAAGGAUUAUCCUGACGCCCAAAAGGACGCACUUUUAGUCCUAGCGGAGACGCGAACGUGGUCGCAUUCAUUUGAAGGGCGUUCGCCUGGUGGAGGAGGCGACGGUCAGUGGCGAGGGCGGCGAUCCCUUUGCACCGGAUGGUUAUCCGUUCCAAGUGGGCUACUGUGAGAUCUCUUCGUCGGCCAAUUCGCAUCAGCUGGAGAACGGCGGCGGGGGCGGAAUCGAGGGUCAGCAGAGUGGGCGAGCGGUGCCACAGUACACACUCUACGUGAUCGCCAACAGCGAAAAGGAGCGCAGCGAGUGGAUCCGCGCCAUCCGCCAAGUUUGUGAGGAUAGUAAUACUCCAAAAUCGUAUCGCUAUCAUCCGGGAUUGUGGUCUGGAAAGAAGUGGAGCUGCUGCAAGGGAUUAUCUCGAACCACCUUUGGUUGCAGAGCAGCCGCCCAUUGGCGUGAGGCGAACAAUAAUCCAAGCAACGGCAGUUCUCCAGCCCAGAAUUCAACGCGCAGCAUCAGCCCCAACAGCUCCACGACCAACAGCCAGUUCAGCUUGCAGCACAACAGCUCCGGGAGUCUCGGCGGAGGAGUGGGCGGCGGAUUGGGAGGCGGAGGCAGCCUUGGCCUAGGCGGAGGAGGAGGUGGCGGCAGUUGCACGCCCACAUCGCUGCAGCCUCAGUCCUCGCUGACAACUUUCAAGCAGUCCCCAACUCUAUUGAACGGCAACGGAACUCUAUUGGAUGCCAAUAUGCCUGGCGGUAUACCCACCCCCGGAACACCAAAUUCCAAAGCCAAGGACAAUUCCCACUUUGUCAAGCUUGUGGUGGCUCUCUAUCCAUUCAAGGCCAUCGAAGGCGGUGAUUUAUCGCUUGAAAAGAAUGCCGAAUACGAAGUGAUAGAUGACUCACAGGAGCACUGGUGGAAGGUCAAAGAUGCCUUGGGCAAUGUCGGCUAUAUACCCAGCAACUACGUCAAGCCGAAGGCACUUCUUGGCCUGGAGCGCUAUGAAUGGUAUGUGGGCGACAUGUCACGACAGAGAGCCGAGUCCCUGCUGAAGCAAGGGGACAAGGAGGGCUGCUUUGUGGUCAGGAAGUCAUCGACCAAGGGUCUCUACACACUAUCGCUGCAUACCAAAGUUCCACAGUCGCAUGUGAAGCACUACCACAUCAAGCAAAAUGCUCGCUGCGAGUAUUAUUUGAGUGAGAAGCAUUGCUGUGAAACAAUUCCGGAUCUGAUCAACUACCAUCGGCACAACUCUGGCGGAUUGGCUUGCCGACUCAAAUCCUCGCCCUGCGAUCGCCCAGUUCCACCGACGGCGGGAUUAUCCCACGACAAAUGGGAAAUCCAUCCCAUGGAGCUGAUGCUGAUGGAGGAGCUUGGAUCGGGGCAGUUUGGUGUUGUGCGGCGCGGCAAGUGGCGUGGGUCUAUCGAUACAGCGGUCAAGAUGAUGAAGGAGGGAACCAUGUCCGAGGACGAUUUCAUUGAGGAGGCCAAGGUGAUGACCAAGCUGCAGCAUCCGAAUCUUGUGCAGCUAUAUGGCGUCUGCUCCAAGCACCGGCCCAUCUACAUCGUGACCGAGUACAUGAAGCACGGAUCCUUGUUGAAUUACUUGCGGCGGCAUGAGAAGACUCUGAUUGGUAAUAUGGGUCUGCUCCUGGACAUGUGCAUACAGGUGAGCAAGGGCAUGACCUACCUGGAGCGCCAUAACUACAUUCACCGGGACCUGGCUGCCCGUAACUGCCUCGUGGGCUCCGAGAAUGUCGUCAAAGUGGCCGACUUUGGAUUGGCCCGAUACGUCCUCGACGAUCAGUACACCAGCUCUGGCGGAACCAAGUUCCCCAUCAAGUGGGCCCCGCCCGAAGUGCUCAACUACACGCGCUUCUCCUCUAAGAGCGAUGUGUGGGCAUACGGUGUGCUAAUGUGGGAGAUCUUCACUUGCGGCAAGAUGCCAUACGGUCGCCUCAAGAAUACCGAGGUUGUGGAGCGUGUGCAGCGCGGAAUUAUCCUAGAGAAACCAAAGUCGUGUGCCAAGGAGAUUUAUGAUGUCAUGAAGUUGUGCUGGUCACAUGGACCCGAGGAGCGUCCCGCGUUCCGUGUGCUCAUGGAUCAGCUGGCUCUUGUGGCCCAGACGCUUACCGACUAAGGAGCGGACAGAUUGCGGCACCCAUCGCCUGAAAUUAACACGCACUGAACACACUGAAGCAUCUUAAGAUAUUAAAGAACGUUAAAGGCAUUACAUUUAAGGUUACGAAAGGGGCGAAAGAAAGAUAUAUUUAGAUUUACACAUACUGUAUAUGAACCAUAAGAUUUAGUUAAGCGCGUGCCAGUUUAAAUUACGGCACAAGCCCCAUAUGAUUAUGGUAUAUUUGGAUUAAUUUAUAGAAUUAGAGCUGAGCGAAUGAUAUCAUUAUGUUUAUGAACGCGUUAACUGUUAGUCGGUGAGAUACGAAGCGCAACAACUGACAGUCACAUAUAGUAACUAUAUUAAAUGAGAAAACGGAAAUGCAUAAAGUAUGGAAAACUGUAGUUAAUAGUCAAAUUUUUGAUACACUUCACAUACCGAAAGCGAUUUAAAAAAUUAUAACGAUACAUGCAUAUGAUAUGAUAUUUAAAUGUGCUUUUUUAAAUAGCGAGCCACUGUGCUAAGUAAAAUAUGAUUAUCCCUAAAGAAUGAUAGAAACAAACAAACAAGAAAACUGAUUAUGCAUUAAAUAUUAAAUGUAAGCCUCAA